AAUUUCAAUAUUUAGGUUACGUAUUUUUAAAUAUUUCAAAAAUGUUAAUCGUUUUUUACUAGAUAAUAAAAUAAGUGAAAAAAUUAAAAUGUCUGAAGAAGUUAGUGCCGAGGUUAUCAAAAAAACACAAAGAACUUUAGGGAAAUACGUAAAAAAACCUCAGUUAACGGAUAAGUUACUUAAAAAACCACCUUUUAGAUUUCUGCACGAUAUUAUAACUUCCCUGAUAAAAGAAACUGGAUUUUUGAAGGGUUUGUUUACAGACGAUGAGAUGAUUUCGGAUAACGUAAAAGAUAAAGAUGCAAAAGUAGCCUUUCUAAAUAAACUCAUAGAAGCUGUUAAAACCGCCAGCGGUACUAAACUAUCAGUAAAAGCAAAUAAAAUCGUAGCUGGUUUAGAGGCUACGAAUACAAAUUUAUUACUUCAGGCAAUAGCCAAAUGUCUUGAUUCGAACAUUGAUACUAAACAAUUCGUAACUAAUUUUAAAUCAGACAAACAGAAUGAAAAGAAUAAAAAAAAUAUCACGAAAAUUUCUAAGGAGGAUAAAGGAUCUACGCAUAAAAAACUAGACACUCCUAAAAAUAGUAAAAAUGUUCAAAGUUCUGUAAGAAAAGAAGAAGGAAGCAAAGUAAAAUUACGUAAAACGAGUAAAAACGAAGAUAAAGUAAAUAGGAAACGUUUAACCGAGAAAGAAUCACCUAGCACAGAUGAUAACAAAGCAAAAAAUGAUAAAAAAGAAAAUGUAACAGUUGAAUCUGUGGAAAAGGAGGAGAAAAUGGAGGAAACUGGUGAACAUGAAACAAAAAUGACAGGGAAUAUUGAAAACAUACCUAAACUUGAGUUAAAUCCGAAGGAAGAUGAACAUAAUAAUAUUGUUAAGAAAGAAGAUAACGUUGAAAAGGAAGAAAAUAUUAACAAAAAUCAAAUUAGACCAAAAUCUGCUAGACCACGAAGUGGUGAUAUGGAAAAAAUGAAAAUUGAACAUAAAAAUGAAACGGUUCAGGAAAAUGAAGGAUCAUCUGUUCUAAAAUCAUCGCAUGCAAGUCGUCCUAAAAGUUCUCUUCGUCCGCCGAGCGUUCGUCCAUCGAGCGCUCGUCCAGGCGCACCGCGUCUACGAUUAGAUUCCGCCAUACCCAUGCACGAACCUAUUCCCAUGGGAACGAUAAACGUCAUAGUGGAAAACGUCGAUUCUAUGGCGGACGAAGAAGAAACUGUUGUUAUAGAAACCGCCACCGCUGAAUCGGAACCGGCUCAAAUCGUACACGAAAUCGAAUUGGAUAACAAAGGGCAUUUGGUCGAACAGAUUUUAGAACAAAUCGAAGGAGAUAGUACGGGGGGUGGUAAGAAAAUGGAUAUCGAUAGAGAAAAUAACAUAGUGAAAACUAGAGAGGGUGUAACGAAAGAAAUCGCUCAGUUAGCUGACGUUAUUCAAAAUUUGACUAAAACGGCGAACCCGCUAGGAAAAUUGAUCAACUUUUUACACGAAGAUAUCGAAACGAUGCAUAGCGAGUUGCAGUUGUGGAUUAACACCAAAAAACAAUUAUAUUCCGAAAUUAGGAAGCAAAAAAAGUCGAAUAUCGAAUCGAGCAAACCGCUUUUGACGCAUUUGGAGCAACUUAAUCACGAUAUUAACAAAAUACAACAAGAAAUAACGAACAUAAAUUGUAACAUGCUUAAAAAUGAUAACAGGAUUAAGGAAUUGUUGUGUUAAUAAUAAAUAUAUUUGUUUAUUGAAA